AGCGAAACGGAUUGUGGGAUCCACAGAAAGUUCCGAAAGCGGGGACGGAGAACAUCGAGAAAGCUAAGAAACGGAGAGAAAAAAAAGGAGUCGAAUAGUCCUUCUGAGCCCUCGGAAAAGAGAAAGAGCGAGUCAUCUUUCCACGGGAAGUGAAUCGCGUGGGGAAAAACAACCUCGCAACACAGGAGCAAGAUUAAUAAUGAACGUCUCCAAAAGUUCCGAGCUCAGUCUGCCACUCGAAGCCGGCGAAACUCAAACCAGUGUCCAAACUUUGUUAAUUCGUUGAUUCACUUGCUUUGGCAAGUUUGUGGUGGCCACAAGCCAGGGCUUGAAAAAAAGCCUUCCGGUCUACUACCUCAAUUCUGAUAUGGGUGUCACGAGUAUGGCUGAAACCAGUGAAAGCAUUUGCUCGGUUUUGGUCAUGGCUUGCUUUUUGACCGGGGUCAUUGUCAACACAUUCUGUCUGAUCAAAUUGAGGCGAAGGCGGUCCGUUUUCCAUCGUUUCCUCAAGAUCUUGGCUGCCUUUGAUUUGAUGGUCGUGUUCUGUUGCUUAUGGAUGUACUCACUGCCGGUGGUUUGGCACCAAUUCGCACAUCUGGUUUUCCUACCCAGCGUUUCCUUUGUUUUACCUUUGGUGCAAAUGUCGCUCAUGGGGUCCGUGUAUUCCACGGUUGUGAUGAGUUUGGAGCGAUAUCUUCGCCUUUGUCGGAUCCAAAUCAUGUCGACCAAGCGAGCCAAUAUUUGUCUGGGAUUUGUGGUGAUCUUUCCCCUGGUUUUCUACUCUCCCAAGUUCUUUGAAUACCGAUACCACAGCUUCACCCACGAAUCCAUCCAUAACGUCAAUUGCAGCGAAUACGUUGAGGAGUUAGAACGGUGGAAGCUCUUGAAACACAUUGAAUGGGAUCAAGUUUCGUCGUUGGCGAGAACAAAGUUCACGAGGCGAAUAUCUAUCGAAAUUCCAAGUAUCGAUCCCGAAGACCGGAACGUUCCACUUCCAAAUCGGUCCAUUGUGCCCAAUCUCGGAGUGGGACCACCAGAAUGCUCCAAUUUCGUGUUUGACGUGGGCAAUGACAACGAAACUUUCAUCCGCAAGUUCAAGGUUCUUGAGGACUUGAGCUAUCCCAAUACGACCGCCCUACGACGGAAUCCCGUCUAUUACCAGUUGUACUGCGUGGUUCUGAACACGUUUUUUGCCUCAUUGUUCCCUUUGUUGGCUUUGAUCUUCCUCAACAUCCAAACCUUGAUGGCUCUUCGCGAAAUCGGUCGACAGGUAGAGAAUCAAGACAAAUCGUUCCUCACCCGAACUUCACCCGGUCCCAUGGAAGAUGACACCCUGUCCAAAUCCAGAGAAAGAUCCACAACCUCGCACUAUCGUUGCCAUAACAUCGAGGGAGGGUCCCCUUCCUUGGCCAUUCGCUACCAUCAAAGUCAGGUGGAAAUUGUACGUCGGCAUCGGUCUCGGGACUCGAUCAACAGCUACGAGAACUUGAUGCGCAAACGCGAGAGUCGCCUCACUCGGAUUUCACUCUCCAUCGUGUGGCUCUUCAUCUUCUGUCACAUUUGGAAGCUCGUGCCCACACUCUACGAACUCAUAUAUAGCGAGAGUGGAACCGAGCUGUCCACGUGGCCGGAUUGGUUGGUGGUUGUCAAGGACCUCUCGCAUACCCUGAUUGCUUUCAAUUCCGCUGUCAAUUUCCUCAUCUAUACGUGUCAAUAGUGAAAUGUCUCGAUGUUCGGAACAAUGGCUUUUGAGCUUUGAAGUAUUUAAAAAGAAUCUUUAUUAUACACAUUAACAUAUAGGCUCAUACUUUACGGGGAAAAGUAACAAAUGGAAGACGCGAGAGCAUGCAUCAAUUUAGGGAAAACGGUAUAUCACACGCUAAGAAGUUGGAAGCAUUGACCUCAUCAACCAUUCACCGU